GAGUUCUGCUUUUUCGAUUCCCGGCCUCGCGUUCUCCGGCUCUCGUGAAUUCCUUGCUGGCUCCCCUUUCCUAGGGAACUCGUCCCCACAACACUUCGGGGGCCCUUCGGCAAGAUGAGUUGGGGGCCUGACCCCCGGCAUCCUUCCCGCUGGGGCGUGAAGCCGCUGUGUCGGGCCAAGGGCCCAUUUGGAGGUGGACCCGCAACAGAAAACAUUUGUGAAGUCUUCCUACCCCUGUACACUGAGGAACUUGACAGAAUCUCUAAAAAGGUAAGAGGCUCCACCACGGUCUUUGAAGAAGGAUAAGACUGAAACUGCUUUGCUUCUUCCUCUCAAAGCCUCUUCCUCCCUGACCCAGCUCUGGUGAGUCUCCUCACGGCACACGACGCACGGAACCUCUCCUUCCUGGCAUGGAGGCGAGCAAGAAGAUGGACCCCCCGGGCACCCUGCAGCCGAACCCGCCGCUGAAGCUGCACCCCGACCGCGGCGCCGGCGCAUCCUCCGUGUUCGUGCCCGAGCAAGGAGGCUACAAGGAGCGGUUUGUGAAGGCCGUGGAGGACAAGUACAAGUGCGAGAAGUGCCGCCUGGUGCUGUGCAACCCGAAGCAGACCGAGUGCGGCCACCGGUUCUGCGAGAGCUGCAUGGCCGCCCUGCUGAGCUCGUCCAGCCCCAAGUGCACCGCGUGUCAAGAAGGCAUCAUCAAAGACAAGGUGUUUAAGGAUAAUUGCUGCAGGAGAGAGAUUCUGGCUCUCCAGAUCUACUGCCGGAACGAGGGCGGGGGCUGCACGGAGCAGCUGACCCUGGGACACCUGCUGGUGCACCUGAAGACCGACUGCCAGUUCGAGGAGCUCCCGUGCGCCCGCGCCGACUGCAAGGAGAGGGUGCUGCGGCGGGACCUGCGCGACCACGUGGAGAAGGCCUGCAAGUACCGGGAGGCCACGUGCGGCCACUGCAAGAGCCAGGUGCCGAUGAUCACGCUGCAGAAACACGAAGACACAGAGUGUCCCUGCGUGGUGGUGUCCUGUCCCCACAAGUGCGGCGUCCAGACCCUCCUGCGGAGCGAGUUGAGUGCGCACUUGUCAGAGUGCGCCAAUGCCCCCAGCGCCUGUAGUUUUAAGCGCUAUGGCUGCGUGUUUCAGGGGACAAACCAGCAGAUUAAGGCCCACGAGGCCAGCUCCGCGGUGCAGCACGUCAACUUACUCAAAGAGUGGAGUAAUUCUCUGGAGAAAAAGGUUUCCUUGCUACAGAAUGAAAGUGUAGAAAAAAACAAGAGCAUACAAAGUUUGCACAAUCAGAUAUGUAGCUUUGAAAUUGAAAUUGAGAGACAGAAGGAAAUGCUUCGAAAUAAUGAAUCCAAAAUACUUCAUUUACAGCGAGUAAUAGACAGCCAGGCGGAGAAGCUGAAGGAGCUCGACAAAGAGAUCCGCCCGUUCCGGCAGAACUGGGAGGAGGCAGACAGCAUGAAGAGCAGCGUGGAGUCCCUCCAGAACCGCGUCACCGAGCUGGAGAGCGUGGACAAAAGCGCUGGGCAGGCGGCUCGGAACACAGGCUUGCUGGAGUCCCAGCUGAGCCGGCACGACCAGAUGCUGAGCGUGCAUGACAUCCGCCUGGCGGACAUGGACCUGCGCUUCCAGGUCCUGGAGACGGCCAGCUACAACGGCGUGCUCAUCUGGAAGAUCCGCGACUACAAGCGGCGGAAGCAGGAGGCCGUCAUGGGGAAGACCCUGUCCCUCUACAGCCAGCCGUUCUACACGGGCUACUUCGGCUACAAGAUGUGCGCCCGGGUCUACCUGAACGGCGACGGCAUGGGGAAGGGGACGCACCUGUCGCUGUUUUUUGUCAUCAUGCGCGGAGAGUACGACGCUCUGCUUCCUUGGCCGUUCAAGCAGAAAGUGACGCUCAUGCUGAUGGACCAGGGGCCCUCCCGGCGCCACCUGGGGGACGCGUUCAAGCCGGACCCCAGCAGCAGCAGCUUCAGGAAACCCACCGGGGAGAUGAAUAUCGCCUCCGGCUGCCCCGUGUUUGUGGCCCAAACUGUGCUCGAGAACGGGACGUAUAUUAAAGAUGACACCAUUUUUAUUAAAGUCAUAGUGGAUACUUCGGAUCUGCCUGACCCCUGACGGGUCACGGGGGAGGCGGGCUGAGCAGAAGGCAACUCCUCUGGGGGGUUUGAACCGCUGUCUCCACCGAGGUCCUCGCGCUCAGAAAAGGACCUUGUGGGACGGAGGAAGCAGCAGAAGGGGGCCGCGGGCCAGCGGGAGGAGCCGCGUGAGGACACACCUGACAUGUUUUCUAAUAGACUAGCACCACUCCGCUCUGAAGAGUUAUUUAUCCUGCAACGUGAUAAAUACUGCUGUCAGAGAAGGUUUUCAUUUUCAUUUUUAAAGAUCUAGUUAAUUAAGGUGGAAAACAUAUAUGCUAAACAAAAGAACCAUGAUUUUUCUUCCUUAAACUUGAACACCAAAAAAAAGAAAACACACACACACACGCGCACACCUGGGGACAGCUGGACAUGUCAGCAUGUUAAGUGACAGAAGAAUUUAUGAAAUAAUAAUGCAAUUCUGAUAUAUCCUAAAAUUCAAGAGUGCAAUCUUGUUUCAAAUAUAGUAUACUGUCUAUUUUUAAGGCCUCAUCUGGUCUCUGUUUUAAUAAUUUGUUUGUCAGAAGACCCUGAAGUACACCUAGGUCUUUUUGGAAAGUCUAAAUUCAGAAUCAUUUUUUAAUUUGAAGUUCUAAGAUAAUUGUUACUGCAGACAUUUUGUUUUAAAACGUUGAUAGACUGAUAUUUCUUGGCAGAAAAUGUAAACUAUCCGACGCUGGUUAUCACUUGUGAUAGGAAAGAGCAAACUCAACCUGCUGUUAUUUCUCGUUAGAAAUGUGACCUUCGAUCUCUGUCGUAGUUACUGACACUACUUCAAAAUUAUUACGAAAGGGAAACCGCUCAUGGAUGCUGUGCAUCAUUCUCAGAUUUAUAAUUGUUUUCACCCUAAAAUAGGGCAUCUGUUGAACUUUGGAGUUCUAAACAAGAUCCGGUAGGCUCUUCACUUCUGCCCGUGUGUCCCGACGCGCUCUGCUUGCUGACGACACUGGCCCUCGGCGUCCGGGCCUGGGGGGCAGGCGGCUCGUGCUGAAGGGGCCGCGGCAGGUGUGCGUCUCUUCAUCCUGUCACAUUGCUGCAUUCUGUUAGCGCUCUCCAACGGCGACAUCUUUGCGUAGAGGUGGUGGCAUACUGUGUAUGUGCCUUAGACUGACGCGCUGCUUCCCCACCCUGGCUUUGUGCUCACUGUAACUCCAGAAGGCGAUGGUCUGACCCGGCGCCCCUCUCGACCGCCCCACCCCUGUCUCUGCACGGGUGCCCAGGAGGCCAGGCUCCACUCCGGCCCCUGGAGCCUCCGCUGCUCAGUUACCACAGACCCCAAGUCUCUGUGCCCCCAGCGCCAGCUGCCUCGGCAGGCGCGGGUGCGGUCCUGUCCCCACCUGGGCCGUGGGCGCCCACCUGCCACGAAGCAGAACCCUCGGAGCAUUCCAGAGCCCGCCACUCCCCGGGGGGGGGUGGGGGGGUGGAGGGGCCGCCCAGGCUGACCAGCGGGGCCGGGGGCCUCCCGCGCCGCUCCCUCGGGAAGGGUGGUCGGGGCCUGCCCGGCGCCUGCCUGACGGGAUCUUCUCAACUCACUGUUUACCUUCUUUCAAUGGUCCAACUGUGACUAGAAGCCGGAGCCCUGCCUCCCCACGCCCCCUGCUGUGCGCCGCGCUUCUGGGUGCUCUUACCACUGAUGGGUGCUACACGUGACAGGUGCUCCUUGGGCUAAACCAGUGUGUGGGAGCCACCGCACCUGGGCCGCGCACCUCAGACUGCCUGCCUCUGGGCUCCCCCGUGCUCGCGCGGGGACGGUCGGGCUGGUGCCCGGUGGCCCGCCGUGUCUCUGGUGCUGCCAUCGCCCUGGGCGUGCCUCCGCCCCAGUGCCUGCUGGAAGUGCCCUCCUAGCGCACGCCGACCCCUCCCGUAAGUGACCUCGGUUCCAAGCACCUGCCGCGCCUGUUAGCGUUAAAUGCUCGUCGUUGUGUUCACCUCCUUGAUUUUCUCCACCCUGCCCCCACCCCCGUCCUCGGUCCUGUCCAGAAGGAGCCGUGAGUCCCCGUUCAGAGAGGAAGGACUUCCCGUGGGCGCUGUGGGACCGCGGUGCCCUCAGAGGUGUCCCCGACCUCCUCCAGACCUUGCCCUGCUCCUGCCCCGGAGACCCGGGGGAGAAGGACACCUGGCAGCCCUCCUGCCUAGCCCCGGGUGGCUUUGCUGAGGCCAGGGCUUACCAGCAGGGGCGUGCCUGUGACGUCCUGCCUGUCCCUGAGAGUGUGGACAGUGUUAGCAAAUUUGAGUUCAGAGCAGCCUGUUGGUCUGGCAAAGCGACAACAGCAACGCCUCUUUGCCUCUCCUGGUUGACACUCUUCUGGGGCCGGGCCACUGGAAGCGCUUCUGGAAGCGUCCGCCCCUUGGGGAGGGGCGUUUUCCCAGCAGCCCAAUCAGACCCCUCCGGUGGGAGACGACAGGCGCUUUGGGCCUCCUCCCGAGGCGCCACAAGACGUGGCAUCGGGAGCUGGCACCGUCCCCGGGGGUGAGGGUGGGCCACAGCGGAAGCGUCAUCUUGUGGCUCGAAAACAGUUGGUGACAACGAGGGGUGUGGGAGUUGUGUGCCUUUUGGCCACCAUUCGGUGCACAUGGUCCCUCUCGUGCACGCGGGGCUUUCCGGAAGGUGGCCUCCCGAAGGACCUGAGUGCGUUCUGACCCCUCACCGCCCGGCGCUGGCCUGCGGCUGUGGUCCCCGAGUGGCCGCCCUCCCGGCUCCCCAGGGUCCUGGCAACAAGAGAACGGUGUCCUGCACAGUGGGCAGUGGCUGCGCUCCCCUGUUCCCUAAAAGUGACAGGUUUCCCCACGGGAAAAACUGUUCCAGUGCUUUAGAACAACUGCCACCGAGUCUCGUGUGUGAAUCAAGCCAGUCAGCUUCCCGGCCAGCCUCGGACCGGACAUGAAGACAACUCGCUGUCUCUGCUGUCCCCGUGCGGCUCCCUGGACACGUGCGCCACUCGCUCCCGCACCCACCGUGGAGGCUGCUGGGGUGCGGGCGGCCCGGGCUGGGCUCGUUGGCGCUGGGUGGGCACCCGCGGGGAGCACACACCGUGGUGGCCAUGAGCGAGGGGCCUGUCCCAAGAGGCUGGGAGUCUUCGAGUGGCCGAGUGGCAUUUGGCUCUUUGGGGUUAGACCGGCCCCGGCGAGGCUAGAUUCCCCUCACCGGGGCCUCGUCUUGAAGUUCUGUUUCCAGCGGCCCAGGUUCGUAGGUCACACAGAGGAGAAGAAAUUCGUGUAAAUUGCUCUGAGGCUUGUGCCACAAGAGGGUGGCUGUGCAGGUGGACAGAGGAGGCCCCGUAGGGGCCACUGUUCGGAACAAGGGAACUUUUGGCCCAGACGCGCCUUUCUUUCCCUGCCCGGCCGUUUUUCCUUGCCUCGUGACCCCAGAGGGCGGCGGAGCCCAGGAAGCUGUCCUCUGUGGCGCCACCUCCACCAGGCCCUUCAGAUGCCGGCCAGAGUCCAGGGCACCUGCUGGCAGAGACAAUGCCCCCGAGCUUCCCCGGACCACCACGGCCCACGCUGGUGAGGCAGGGUCCUCUGCCACCCACGCUGGGGCCCCGCGCCCCAGGCCAGGCCUGCAGCUGUCCUCUGCAGGUGGGGUCGUGGUCACCCGUGGCAGGCCUGGCAUCCCGCAGCCGGCAGACCCUUAAACACGACAGGGUCCCAUGGUGGAUCAUUUCCUCGUCUGCCCAAGGGAGGUGCGCAAGAUGGCAGACACCCCCCACCCAACUCAUGUCCUGGGGAGUGCACACCCUCUCCCUGCUCCGCACAUGGAGGAGGGUGGGACUGCCCUUCUGUGCCCGUCACAGAUGCGUCUGGCUCCCGGCAUCUCCGCCGGUGUUCCCCGGGCUGGUCAGGAGGCCACGCUCCUCCGGGGACCCGCCACCGUCGGUCCCUCUUGUCUGGCUCAGCAGAGCUGUGAUACGGUUUCUCCCUUCUGGCCCAGGUCUUCCUCAGCCUGCGGAGAGCUUGGGGGCUCCGUUCUGUCGUGAGCCUUGGGAGGUGAACGAGGGGUCUGUCGCCCAAACCUGCUUGUCAGCCUGAGACCAUGGUUCUGUCUUCCAUUUGCGAAUCCCGGCAGUUUUCUUUUCUCUAAAAUAGAAUCCGUCCACUGGGGUCUAAGUCGGGCGAGGUCCGCGUGUGUGUGGCUCCGGUGUCGGCACGUGACCCGGUCACCGGCACCGUCUUUGCCGCUGGGCGGUGCGGCGUGAGGGCCCCGGUGGCACAAGCAGGGCUUGCCCUUCAUUUCUGCCGCUGCGUCCGAGUCUCGCGAGCUGUCGCGUUGGGAGAGGGUCAAGUCCAGGACGGCUGCGCCACCCCUGCCGCUAGCGGUGAUCGGUUUUUGUCACUCAGCCCCCCAUUAGACAGGGAAGGUCACCUUCAGCAGCAAACCGACUCAAUUGGUAAACACAAACGCCGGCAUUCUUUCCGAGGAUUUCUACAAGAAUUAGCUGUAGAAUAGCAUGUGUGGUCACAGAAGUGUGUGAACCGUGUAGACACUUGUGUAACGUCCUUAGAGCCGCGCCUCCCCACGGCGCACCUCUUCGUUCAGUUGUUACCCAAAAACAAAGACCAAAGAAGGCCAAUCUCUCAUUUGACUAUUUUUAAUCCACCUGUUUUAAAAAUUGCGUCUGUAGUAACCGCUCGCUGGGAGGCCCCAUCUUGACACUCCAAGUGAUUGUGACCAGUGACUCACGUCCUGUUUUUCUGCUCUUCUAAGAAAAAAAACAACAAAAAGACAGUGUAAGUUAUUGCUCAGCAAUAAUCAUGUUGUUCAUGUGAAUUAACAACAUGUCUGAUUUUCUGAUAGCAUUAUUAUGUUUUAUAUUUUUGUUUACUGUACAUCGUGUGUGGUUUUAUUUGGUAUUUAUUUGUGUUUUGAGGUCUUGCAAUGUUUUUGUGUUUCUGACGCUAAUAACUAAAGUCUGUAAGAGUGUAGAAUGCAAAACUUGGAAAUGCUCAACUGUCUGAUUAGAGGAAAAUAAAUCUGACUAAGGAG